AAGGCGAAGUGUGUUAAUCUGCCUGUUAAUAAGUUUGCAGCUCGGUUUACACGCUUAAGCUUGCAGGAAAUUUCUCUAGGCCAAUUUCCGGCCAAUGGCAAAUCAGGUAAUCUAGUUUACUGACCAUCUAAUCUACCCUUUCUUCGUAACUGCUGUGAAUGUUGUGAUAUAUGAUGUAACACAACUUACAGAUGCUAAAGAAUUAAGUUCUGUCGUUAUAAACUAAUACUAGAAAUACGUUAUCGCAAAAAUCUCGCGAAGCUUUAAACGGUCCGCAGUAAGAAUAAACGGAAACAAACCAAAGGGUAAAAAUAAGAUGAAAGAAAAAAACCGCAAAAAAACCCUGCAAAUUCCACCGUCGGGAUUUGAACCUUCAACUUGGCCCAACUUACUCCAGUGCAAAAAGUGAGGCCUCAGACCACAGGGCCACGUGGCCAUUACAAAAUUACUAUCCUCUGCCAUUCGCACUGUUUGAACCUUGUGGUGCUGUAUUUAUCAUGAAUUCAAAGAUACAAUUGAGGAAAAAUAGCUUAAACGAGUAUUUCAGAGCCAUUUUGCAUUAUUUCCGUGUUUAUUCACUCUGGGGCUUUAUGACGGCCACUCAAUGAACGCACUCGUCAUUACUGCUCUCGCUGAUGUUCAGGUUGCCAUUUUUUUGAUGUAAAUUCUUCCGCGGCAAGGAUUUCCAGCCACUUGUCGAAUCGGGCACUGUGUUUGCAGCCCGCUGUUAUUUGCCUCAGAAAUACUUUGUGAUUCACCAACUUACAGUACAUAAACAGCUAGAGGAUGAAUAAAAUUAGCCCUAGUUGGUGGCUAACCAGUUGUGUUGUCUGGAAACCCAAAGUGCACGAUGAUGUCAUGCUGAGUGGCGUCUUUUAUAGUUUGUUUAUGAUGUGAAGUAUACAUGAAAUAAUUCAUUAUGGUUUGUUGCUAGGUAACUGCAGAUACCAAACCGAUAGAAAGAAAGAUUUAUGACCAAAGCAAAAUCACACUCCACUUGCGAUCCUCACGUGUGACAAAAAUAAUUAUAAAGUUGCUUUGCCCACGGCCUGGCACAGCCGUUUUUACGCUCCUGACCCCACAAACUUUUGGAGAGGAGGAAUCCUGUCAAAAAAUUGUGAAGAAUUUUUCUUUCAGGAAUUCCUAAAAAAUUAUUUGAAUUAAGGCCUGGUUCCGACGCCGAACUUUUCAUGAGCUGAACCUAAUACAUUGAAUUAAGUACAUGAAAAGUUUGGCAUCUGAAUCAAUUACGAACGCCUGAUUCAAUUUGAAAAGCUCAGCUGUUCUUUUUGCCUAGCCCAGCCAGGAAUUUCGCCUUUAUACCAACUUUGGAACUUUGGAACAGCUUAAAUCACAAGCUGGACUUUUCAUGUACCAAACCUAAUGCAUAAAUUAAUGUAACAUAAUUAUUUUGUAAGCGAAUUGAAUGAAAUGAGCAUUUUUCACCUUUUGAACUUGGUUCAGCUGCAAUUAAGAUUGGUGUCUGAAUCAAUUCAGCUGGUCUAAAUAAUUUGGGUUGGCCUUAAUUCAAAUUAGGUUCGGCUCGUGAAAAGUUCAGCAUCUAAACCGGGCCUAAAGGCAUAAUAAUUGAACUCAUUAUUAUUUUUAUCGUACUACUUUCAGGUUUUUGGGUUCAACUCAGAAAUAUUAUGAGGUUUUAUGUGGCUGCUGUUUUAGCCAGUCAAUGACACAUAGAUUUGUGCGGCAAACAGAGUCAUGUCAUCACGUUCCAAAGACUAUGACAUCUCUUACAAAGUCCUGCUCAUUGGAGAAUCUGGUGUUGGCAAGACCUCCCUGAUCAAAAGUUAUUCUAAACCAAAUGAAGCUUUUACUCCAUCCCUUUUGUCUACUGUUGGUAAGUGCAAGUUUUCUUGUGACUCCUUAUAAAACCAGGAACCGUAAAAUACAUGUAUUUGCAUCCUGUACCUGUGACAAAAAUGUGCUGCAUUAAAUGAUACCUUCUCAGCAACAGGUUUUGAAAGGUGAAGAUUAUAAACAAUAAUUGGAUAACGUUUUUGUGAUAUCCAGAAUAAUCAAGGUUGGGGAAAAGUGUUAUCAGCCCAGCCAAAGGCCAAGGCAGAAACCAUUUACCAAGAUUUUGAUUAUUAAAGAUAUCACAGAAACCAAUUCCUUUGUUUAAGAAAAUAACAGCAAACACAUUGUCACAAGGAACUGAAUUGACAAUGGUUUUGGAAAUCGUUCAUUAUUAUAUUUUGCUCGUGUAUGCAAACUACAGAUUAGUCAGUCAUCUGCUAGCAGAUAAGGAUCAUAACAAAGUUAUCUUAGGUUGUGCUAUCUCCGAAAUCAACUGUAGACUCUUAGCCAAUGAGAAAACAGAUAGUAUUAAAGUGCAAUGUAUAAUAUUGAUAUGAAUAACAUACAUGUACCAGUAGAUUUUCCUGCCCAAGUUUCCAGUGAAAAGAGUCAGUGACCCAGCUGGGAUUGGCCCCUUUCUGUUAUAAGCAGGUACAGUGUUGCCAAGCUGUGCAUUUUCUUGUUAUCCUUCUUCAAGUGUGAAAAUUUCCCCAACAUUAACAUGUCCAGUCACUAUAGAGCCAUAUACAGUGUGUAUACUCUCCUUAUGCAUCUAAUCUCCUAAGAGGUCAAAAUCUCUCCAUCUUCUGUUUAGGACUGUUCAUUUAACUUUUUAUGUUAGUGUGGUUAGAGAAAAGAAAGGGGGCUAUUUUGACUUGUUUUGCACAGCUUUUAUGAUACCCUAUUGAGGAAAAGUUUCCAUAAGCAGACACCUUCUAUAAGAGACAUCUCACUGCAGCCUAUCAAUUUUACCAAGAACACGGCAUUUUUAAUCUUUCAUGAGCAGAAAACUCUUGUAAGCAGUCACAGAUGCCAUUUUCAAGUUCAUUUGAGCAUACAAUAAAACAAAAUAAUCCAGACAAAAAUCCAGUGCAACUCUUGAAGGAUGUACUUUAAAUGGUUGUGCCAGUGUAGUUCUGUCAUUAUAGACAGUGUACCUCAAAAGUUAACAGAAAAUCAAACCUUUUAUCUUGGCUCCUUGUAGUGCUUGAUAUUUAAUAAUAAUUAUUACUUAUCAUUAGGGGACUCCCUUCAUUUAAAGUAUGCACCUGUGCCUGGUCCCAAGAAUAUCUGUUGUAGGCAAAAUAAACGUUCUCAGGUUAAACUAAUACCAUGCAAUCUUGAUUCAGAACUUUCUUUGUUUCCUAGUCAUAAUCAUUCAUAGGAGACAAAAGAAACUAAGAUAAGUAUAUAAGAUAAGAAGAUAGGAUUAACUUUAUUUAGUCAUGCUAGCCUAAACCAACAUAAGCUGGUUCCAUUAACCCAAAACAUAUCUGACUAUUGAUAGGCGGUUAGGCUCAAAUAAGAAAAAAUUGAACCAUACAAUGGAAGGCCAAAGAGCUUUUACUUACAUAGUUGUAAACAGUUACUUUUUGUUAAGGAAAACUUCAAUAAACUGUCACACUCUUAGCCAAAAGCUAAAACUAAACAAAAAGUAUUUUCAGGGAUUGAUUUUGCGAGUGUCAUAACCAUUGUGGAUGGAGUGCGGGUCCAAUUACAGAUAUGGUAGGUACAUCUCUGCUGUGUUAGGUUAUUGCAAAUACUGAGAAAUUUAUUACCCUUUGACUAUUGCUGAGGUUUUGAGGAUGGUUAACUCCGUCCUUCUACGUAGUAGAAGACUGCCACGUUAUAUUAUAAAGAUGUGUUGUAGGUAAAAAAAAUGGUACAUUUGGAAACAUUUAGGCCAGUUUAUUUUCCAGAUUCCUUAACAUACUAAUUAUGCAAAAUAAAGCAUCACAGAAUUUAAUGUCAAAUGGACUGAAAAUUUUAAACACCUUCACCAACCCUUCAUAACAAUUUUAACUAGGAAUUUCCACUCCACAACCACUUUGAACUUCUUGGAGAUCACAGAGAGGUUUUGUAAGCCGGACUUGAUGGUUUAUGUAGUACACAAAAAAAUUUUGAAGUUAGAAGAUUCUGAAGAUUAGGAAAUCAAAGAAACUAUUCUGGCUAUUUCUUAAUUUCUCUUCAGGUAGCGUGCAUAUGUUUUCUUACAAUGAAACCAUGCAGAACAUAUUGUUAACAACUGAUUGUUGUAACCAUAAUUUUAUGGGUUCUUUCCGAGCAAACUUUGAUAAUUUUGUUAGUUGUGUUUUUUCCACAAUUUAGGGAUACAGCGGGGCAAGAAAGAUUUAGAACAUUAACUUCAUUGCAUUUUAGGGGGACAAAGGUAAGAAUUUUCACAUGAACACUAGCAUGUCUUACCAAACUCAGUAUUGUGAACAUGUUUAACCCACGUGUUUGGAACCAAAUUUCAUCUUGUCAUGGUUAAUUCUGCCAUGUUAAAAAAGAAACCAGUAUUUUCUCUGUACUCUCUCAUGGUACAAGUAUGACAUUGUGGGAGGGUGAAACACCUCACAACUGAGGUAACCUCUUGUAAAUGUAACACAACCAUGAAGUAGAUCAAUGAUGUGAGUGUCCUCAUGUUCUUUUCUACAUGUACCACAGGCUAUAGCUGCCACUAAUUCAGAAUUUAUGCAGCUCUGUGAAUGUUCCUUGUGACUGGUUGUUCUACAAUACCAUACCAUACCAUAUGAUAAGACUGAUCAAAUAAUCCAAUAAGCACUCAUAAAGCUCUCGACUGCUGAAUUUAGGACACUGGUGAAUUUCUUGGGUAGGUGGCAAGGAGAUUACUUUAGACAUGUGUACCUCAGGUUUCCUGUGAGCCUCUGCUAUUUUGUUCUGCUCGAAAGGACAAGGCGCCCGGUCAGUCAAAUGCCAGAAUCACCCAGAUUUCAACAUCACUAUGAGAUGGCCAGCCCUCCUAACGUGGGCUCUUUGAACAGAGCAUGAACACUUAGCAAGCCAGCUAUAAAGAGGACCCCAGUGUCAGGGACUUUAUCAUGCUUGGUGAACCUCAACAGUUCUCUGAGGCAGUGCAGGUGUAAGCAGUUAAGUUUUUGGCAUGGUGUUUAUAGACUGUCCAUGUCUCACAGGUAUACAGUAGUGAGGACAGUACGACUGCCCUGUACACCUUUAGUGUCAUUGUCAGUUGGAUGCCUCUCUUUUCCCAAACACUUUCACAAAGUCAUUUGAAAGCAGAUCUUACCUUGGCACUGCAUGAGUUGGCAUCUUUGUUGAUGAUGGCAGGUCGAGAAAGUAUGCUGUGUAGGUACAUGAACUUGUCAAUAACCUUGAGGGUUUCCUCUUUGACAGUGAUGGCUGGUACUACAAACAUCUUCUACAGAACUGGCUGGUAUAGAAUGCCAGUUUUCUUGGUACUAAUUGAAAGCCCAAAGUUGUCGCUAGCGGUAGAAAAUCAGUCUAUGCUCAGCUGCAUCACGGUCUUAGUGGCAGCAUUAAGGGGACACAUGUGAACAGACAGGUGGCUCUCUUCCAAACACUGAAUAAAGCGGUUGAGGAGGACUCUUGCAUGGAUCUUGCCAGUGAUGACUAGCAGUAAAAUCCCUUGGUGAUUGUCGCAUAAUUGCCUGUUCCCUUUUCUCUUGUAGAGAUAAACAAUGGGGGCAUCUUUGGGUUUUUGAGAAAUGACCUCCUACUGCCAAGUGGAUUGUAAAAGCUUGGUGAACUUGGAAAUAGGACUGGUCCUCCUUCCUUGAAGACUUCAGCAGAGAUGAAAUCUGCUCCACAUACCUUUCCAUUGGAAAGGGAAUUGAUCGCUUUCCGAAUAUCUGAUUCUAUGGUUGGCUCUGACAAGGAAUUGUUGAUCUCCUCUUGAGGUAACGUACAAUAGCUUGAACAUUGAUGAAAGAGGGCCUAUUUAGGACACUGUUGUAAUGUUCCACUCGUGUGACCAGGAUGGUAUUCUUCUCAGUGAGUAGAGAUGUCCUGUGAGCUCCAAGUAAUAGUGAUGUGCCAGAGGACUGAGGUCCAUAGAUGGUCUUCAGGGCAUCAUAGGAGCGUUAAAUGUUGUUGCUGUCCAUGUAGACAGUAGUGUUAAAUCUCAUUUUUUUGCAAAGCGGGUGUCUUGCUUCUCUCUGAGCUUUGUCUGUACUUUCUUUUGGUGGAAUAGUAGGCUGCCCUCUUAGAGGUAGAGCUGCUGCCUUGUUGAUGCCCUCUAAGUGCCACGCUUCUCAUUCAGCAGCUUUUAGAUUUCCUCAUUGUUCUCAUCAAACCAGUCUUGAUGUUUGCCUGUAUUCCCAUCAAGAUAAGUGAAUGCGGUGUGGUAAGCUGUACCUCUGAGCCUUACCCUCAGGCUGUCUUUCUCUACUCCAUUUGCUCCUAGGUCGAGCUGGCUUAGCUUGUUGUCCUUUUCUUUGCAGAAGUUGGAUGGAAUGCCAUUCUAACUUGGUGGCUUUUUUGCAGCUUGUUCGUCAUUUUCCCAUGUGAGUGCCACCUGAGCAGGAUGUGCACGUUGAGUUUUGAGAUUAGUCGUCAUGAGUUUAGCAGUCUGCGUCGCAAGUUGCUUUUGUCACUGUAACGUCCUGCCUAUCUCUUCUCCUGUCGAUAACAUAAACUGUGUUGCUGAUCAAAAGGUUUUUUUUUUUUUUUUUUAAAAAAACCAGGUCUUCAAAAGUAAUAGUCUGUUACCUUCGCAUUUUCCUCCUAAUGACUCCCUCACAGGUCUUGUAGUAAGUGCACACUCUAGCAUUUAAUUUAAAGUCUCCAGGAACAACGACUUUUUGUCCUCUUUUGGUAUGCCUUCUAUGAUGUUUUCCAAAUGCUCGUGGAGUUUAUCAUUGGUCUCCUGGAUUCGUCAUUGUUGGUGCAUAUGCACUGAUAAUGGUGGCGUGGAGUCAUGAGGUAAUCAUUGAAUCUUUUGGAAAGGUUGGUACGCUUACCGAUCGCAUCAUUUCUGAGAGAAAAACCCUCUCCCACUUCACGACGUUCUUCACUGUUGCGACCGCUCCAAAAAAGGUGUAGCCAGACGAAUUUUUAUUUGAUAAGGUGUUCUCACUCAGUGCAGCGAUAUGAAUGUUGCCCCCGCCGAGUUCUCUUGCAGUAAGUGCUGUCUGUCUCUCAGGUCAGCUUUGAUGCUGUCUAUGAGCAUACACACGUUCCAUGUGCCAAUGGUUAGUGAUGUCAAAUUUUUUUAAACUUGUAAUUUUGACUGCAUAGAUGGCAUUCCCUCCUACCUUGCUAAGCAAGCCAAGGUGGAGUGACAAGCCUAUGUUUGGGGCGUCUUUUCUUGCCCUUUCCUCAGGCCAUGGAGGUGAGCAGAGGGCUAAAGUGAACUGUUCAGACACCCUGGGGAUGCCGAACGGCACUGCUACUUUAGUCUUGUAGAGAGCAACCUAGUGCUGCAUGUGUAAAGGUUCUGUGACAAAAGCUCUCAGUUAAUUCACACCUGCUUCUUCGCCACUCCCCCAUCGCCACGGCUUAAAUGAUUUGGGGGGAAGGUUUUGUCUUGACUUCCCCGUGAAUAAGAUUCAAGUAGGGUAGAGGUUCACAGUGUUGUCAGCCUCGGUCUCUGGUUCUGAGUUAUCUGGGCCCAACAGCAGGACAUAAUCGAGACCACUGGAUAUAAAGCAGGAUGCAGUGGAUGCCCACCAGGUCUGAGUCUGUUCAACUGUGCCCUUUGCAAUUCACAGCACCAGGAUGCUGACUGUUGGCUAAUAACGAGCUCAUUCGCCGGUUUUGCAUUUCGUCCUUCACCCUCCUCACGAGCAUAGAGCUGAUGGGGGAGCCGGUUUAAGUACUGACCACUCAUCCAUGCCAUACGAUACGAUACGAUACAUUCACAUUUCAAACGUACAAGGCAAAUAUUUUAAAACAUAUUAAUUUGGUACAGGGUUCAGAAAUAAGUUAAAUAUAUGUACAUAGUAAACACUCAAGUUACAAAUAAGUAAGUGCCAGUAUGGUUUUGGAGUUAGACACUAGUCACUUAAUGAUACCUGUCAAGCGUAAGCGUUGGUACACAAACAAGAAGAUGAAGCCAGGAGUAAGUACGUAUAGAAAACGGAAAGCAAAAUAUAAAUAGGCAACCCGCCCAAUUUAUAUGAAAAGAAUACAUUGUCGAUAAGUUGCCAUCGGUCAGUCCAAAAAUUAUUGUAAAAGAAGAUAUUAACAAUUGACAUUCUGUUAGUUAGCAUAUCAAAGGAUAUGAUCGGUUUAACCAAUCAUUGUUUCAUUACAGGGCAUAUUGCUAGUGUAUGACAUCACAAAUAUUGGCUCUUUUGAUCAACUUCAGUACUGGGUGAAUGCAAUGAAUAAGGUAUAUGUUGAUUAAGUACCCCUUACCUCCUAAAGCACGAAAAAAUAAUAAUAAUAAUUUAGUUGGGGCACACUCUUCAGAGCCAAAUCAUUCCACCAGGGCAGAAUCUUGGAAGGUCUAAUGAUUCAACAACUGAAGCCUAUUGUAGCUUGAAUAGGCAAGUUAACUCCUACGUUGCGAAACUUUUCCCAUCGGCAUAAAUUACGUAAGGAUAUAAAAGAUGCCAUUAGCGGAUGGUAUUUUCUUACCCCGAUGAUCAGAUAGUGUCGGAAAUGUUUGGAUUUUAUCUGUUUAAAUAUACAUUUUUAGCCUUGUAAAUAGCUCACUUACAGCAAGGAGCUCAAAAGUGUGAUUUCCUUUAAUUAACUCACAUUCUUUCAUGCAGACAUUAACCAAUCAGAAGUCGAGGACAGUUUUCAGCUGGCUUCUGAUUGGAUUAAAUCUGUACAAAAGAAUGUGAAUAAAUCAAAAGCGGUCACACUUUUGGGCUCCUUGCUGUAAUGAUAAUAGUAGUAAUAAUAAUUAUAGUUAUAUUAAUAAUAAUUAUAAUAAUAAUAAUAAUAAUGAUAGUGAUAAGUAUGUGUAAUCAAAUGGUGCCUAAAGGCUCGGGAAAUUAUCAGCGUUUGGAAAAAACGCGCAUGAGAUUAUUUGCUAAUUUCACGCGUAUACCAUUUGAUUACCCAUUAACAUCAUGGGUAACGAAUUACGUUAGCAAUCGCGAAUUUUUGAUGUGUUUAUCCUGGAUCGUAUCGAUCGAGAACUCCACUCUCUCAAAUGCUUAGACCUUAAUGUCUUAAGGUCAGAAUUUUCAGAAUUUUUCGACAAAAUACCUAUUAGAAUCCUUCUUCAUGUGCUCUUUUGUGUGUUCAGGUUUUCUGAAGUGUCUUUUUGUGCUCUGACAUAUUCAUUCACGGCAUUUUAAAACUUCGUCGCCGUCUUGACACUGAGACGUACGGAAGGUUGCCAUCGCAAUUUUGUCAUUUCACAUGUGAAAUUACAAAUUAACGCUGAAAUGUCACCUAUGAUAUUAUGAUAAAAAUUGUGAGUAGAAAGGAGACAAGUAUUAGGAUCAAUCAAGAACGGUUACUGCAAUACUAUUUAUUUGUCGUUUAAUGUUACAGCAUGAUCUCAUGUAUGAAGAAGUUGUUAUAGUUGGCAACAAGUCUGAUUUUGAGAAACAUAGAUGGCAGGUAGACACUCAAGCUGGGCAGGAGGUAAGCGCAGCAAAAUUCACUUCUACAGGACGUGGUUCAAAAAGUCGAUAAUUCUUUUACUGUAUGCGCGCUUUAGUCAGUUCGGGCGGCUGAAAAUUUCGCUGUACGGAACGCUUACUUCAAAAGUCACGUUUCUCUCAAAAUUCGUGUCAGUUUUUGCAGUUUUGGACUACGCGUUUGUUACGAGUUAAAUGUUUUUUUGCCGACUAAAAGCCACCCUUUCAGAAGCCAAUAAAAGUUACCCGUGGAUAGGAUUUGGCCCGAGUAAACCGUCAAUAGCCGUUCCGCUUGAAUUGAAACCUUGCCCUCUCUACUUAAACUCAAAGAUGUAAUAACUAUCUUGAAAGCCUCGUUUUCUCGGUGUGAAACGUAAGUGGCGGAACUCUUUAUGUUCAUUCAAUUCCGGGAGUAACGUGGUAGAUCCAAAUGUUAUGCGUAUAUACUUGCAGAUUGCUUAAAGAGGGACUAGACUAUAGCUUAGUCAGAUUGCAGAUUAGUACAUGUGCCAAAUACGGAAACCGGUCGUUUCGGUACGAAUUUAAGCAAUGAGACUGCACAACAAUUUCGAACACAUGAAGUAGUGUCCCUUUGCUUAUCAAUGGCAGUUAUAUAACAGCUGUUGAAACUGACACCUCAUGAAAUGGCCCCAAAUCGACCCGAUACCAGCAGAAAACGAAAAAAGACAAACAAGUGACUUAAGGUUAGCGAUAUUUAUUGAAAAACUAAAGAAUAAUUGUAACGUUAUUUAUUUUACCAUGAGAAUUGCAUAUUUUCUGCGCGUACAAAUCCUCAUAUUUUCGUUUUUGCGAAAUGUCAUCUCGACGCUCUGGGAUAACGUUUCAAAGGUCAAUAGACUGAUAGAGCUUUGGCUACCUGUGCUGGAAUAUAUUGUUUUUUCUUCACACAGUUUGCGAGGCAGCUGGGUUUGAAGUUUUAUGAAACAAGUGCAAAAACAAAAGAAAACGUUCAAGAGGUAACUAUUAAGUAUUCGUUUGUUUGUUUUCAAGUUGUUAUUUUCAUAAAUGGUUCAGCUGACUCCAUAUUUAGUGGACUCCCUGUAUGCAGAGAGCUUCGUAUAUAUUUAAAAAAAUCGAUUUCUCUGAGAGCAUUUAUUAGUAGCUUUUCUUUCAAAAGAUUAUCUGUUUCUGUCGAAGCAAACGUGAUAUACCUGUAUCUUAUAAAUGUAAAAAUAUAAAAUUAUGCACACUACAUGUGCCUAACACCUGAACAGCAGAAACCGGUAACGGUCUUUGAGAAAGUCUACCCUUCCCUCUUACUAUUCAACUUUUCAAAGACUUUGGGAAACUACCCACCUACCCCUACUUUAACUCAACAUUUUGCCAUAAGUAGGAAGGAGGUGCUGACGUUGGGUUAGGGGAGAGGUUGGUGGGAAUCUCAGUUCCUCAUUUUCUAAAAUCAGUACAAGUCUUUGGGAAACUAGUCACCACAUCAGUGGGAAGUUCGUGUCAACGUUGGGUUAGGGGAGGUGCAAGUGGGCAUUUCAUGAUCCAACACCUUCAUUCAGUGGAAGGCCUCUACCCCAGCUAUUUUAUUGGCUGUUUUCCCUGUUGCCGAAUAUUUCAACUUUCUCGACCUCAAUACAUCCACAGUAUGAGGGCGUCUGAGGAAAGGAAGGUUAUGCGCGAGAAAGAAAGAACUGCGACAACACGAUGAAAAGCUGUGGAUAUAAACACUCCCACGCGUUAUUGGUAGUAAAAUUUAAUUGUUAAUUGUUGUUAACAUUUACUGUAUGAUACGUGCAUGCCAUCAAUGUUUGACUCUAGCUUAGCUUAAGCGACAAUUGCCAACGACUGCUGAAUUGGUUAUUUUCGGGACAUUUGUUAGAGAUUUGAAAUCUACUUGUACUUGAUUUACGUGUGAGUGGUAAACAUGAGACGUCUACGCUUAACUUUUACCUAUAGGUGUUUGAAGAGCUGGCGAAAAGCAUGAAGUAUGCAAAUCACCCUAACCUAGUAAGUUGAAAAUCCUCCACAUUAUCUCCAGAGUCGUGUAUAUUAUGUUUCUUAGACUGCAAAACAGUCGGUUUUUUCCUCAAAAUCAGUAAAGAAAUCGGUAACGCGUGGCAUAAGAGUCUUAUGCGCGCGAACCGCGCUAGCCUCACACGCCCGUAGGGCGUGUGAGGCGUGAGAGAAAAAACCGACUGUCCGUUUUCCAUACAAUGAGUUCGUUCCGACCAGGGGGUUCAAAAAUGUCGUCGGGCUGUCAAAAAUCUGUUCACAACCCCGCCCUCUUUAUGAAAUCGAUACACUCGGUGAUUGAUUUCGAGGGAGAAUACCGCGUGUUAUUGUCUCCUCUUGGCUUCGAAUCUUGACGCUGUAAUCCGGUAAUUCUAAAGCAUUUUUUGGCGUUGCUUCUCUGUGAAAUGUAGUAUAUAUAGUGGAGGAUCAAAAAUGAGUGGAAGUGGCAGUACAACAACAAAGCCUGCCUGCUCCUCGAAGAGGGAGAAAGCCGAAAGUGCCAAGCGCUUCGGAUAAAUUGUAGAAUGUGCGGCUGUUGUUUCAAAACACAGUUCGGCAAUUUUACGAGUGGAUGGAUAAGCUCGGAAAAUGUGUUUGUUGCGCCUACCAGAAAAGGAGAAACGUUACCAAAGUGGGCCGACCUACAAAGAAACGAAAAGUUCGUUGUCCCCAAGGAAGGAGAAUCUCUCUCCACAAGAGUUUUCUCCUCGUGCGGAACAAAGGUUAGAAACUACCCCGGGAAACUGCACGGCGAUGCUUUCGCAAAUUAGAGAAGAACUGAACACGCCAACUGACAAUGAACAAUUAUUGCGAUUGAAAAGAAUGAGUAAAUCCCCUCAUUCCAAUCCCCGUCUUGGUGAUUUAGCUCUGUAAAUCACUAUCUGUGAGAAUUUAAAAUCCUGCUAAAAACCCUAACGAGCUGGGCCCAGCGUGACAAAACGUUGCAGGAAAUAGUCACAUUCACGGACAUAAAAAAAAUCGCUUAAAAUUAUUCAAAUCCAGGAGGCACUUUGGAGAAAUAAAACAACCUAAAACCCUUAAUCAGCCGCAAUGAAGAGCUUUACAUUUCUAAAGGGGCCAAGAAAGAAAAUGCUCUUGCAUCAGAGGGCAAAUCAUGCCGACCAGAGAAAAUCAAUAUGCGUGUCACGACCUGUCAGUAUGAAAUAUAUUUAAUAAGCGGCCAAAAUUCUCGAUUGCUCAGUCAAAACGUUUUCCUCCAAAGCAUAAUCUACUCGACAGAGAAAACAAUCCAUUGGAACAAGCAGCAUUUUUGCGUGAGGUGAAAGUCGUGUGUUUCCUACCGAUCCCCCUUUUUUAGCCAGGCAAGAUAACAAUGACAGUCGGCCGUUGAACAGAACUUGACGAACUCUUUGCAUGAAACACAUCUGAUAAAUGAGGCUUUUGUCAAAUUCUGUUGGUAGAACACAGAAAACAUCCUUUCUCCUGAGCAGUAACUCCAGAGCUUCCCUCUGCUCCGAUUUUAAAACAAAUCCCAAUUCUUGCGAGCAUAUCCGGCCGAUCCAUCAUUUUACGGCGAAAGCUUUAGCAAUUCAUUUCGGUAGGGAAUAUCCCGAAUGACUUGUAGAAAACAUUACUUGACAGCUUGGUGACAGCUUGCAUCGAAAUUUAGCCAAUGGGAAUUGCCCGUGGCUGGGAGAAGCGGGUAAUUCGAACGAAUAUAACGUAUGCAAAACGGACAGUCCGUACUUUUAGCGUCCCUCCCCAGUCUCGCUCUCUGUUUUCAGCCUCGUUCCACACCUUUUGUUUGACUGCUCGCGCGUACUUGAAUACGCAAAAAUACGGACUGUUUUGCAGUCUAUAUGUUUCUUUGAGAUAGUAUUUAUUUAAAGAAAGAAACACCGAAAUAAAUGCCUCUCUAAACUGUCAAACUAUCAAUAACUGACAUCUUUGAAUACGCCCAGUACCGCUCGAAAUAAAAUUAUUGCUCUUUGAAGCACGUGAAAUAAGAAAGAUGUUCUUUGAAGACUACAGCCGAUGAUUAUGAAAUUCCCUUCCACUUAUGAAUUAGUUUCAGUUUUCUCCUUUCUAUUUUGUGAAAGAAGGUACUACUUUUGUCAUAAGUAGAAUUAUCGUGUAAGAGCCGCGGAAUAUGUGACGAAAACGCUUGUUAACGCACCUUGAAAUCACGAAAACUUCCUUUGUUUGUCACAAAGACAGCGUAUAGUAUAGAGCGAUUUUCCUAUGACCUUGAAAUGAAAACGCGCGAACAAAACAGAAACAACAAACGAACGGAAAUAGAGCGAUUUGAUUGGUUUAUCGAACGGAUACAAACGCGAGUGGCUUUUGGUUGGUUAAGCGAACACUCGGGAGAAAAAACGUCAUGCCUGAGAACUUUCUAGAAAUCAACCGAUACUUCACCUUCACGUCAUACUGCAACACGAUUGAUCAAUGGAACAAUGCCUUCUCCAUAUUAGGGUUUUCUUUGGCGGGAAAACGAAGAGUCCAUGUUUUGAUCUUUUCAUCCAUUGGCUGAUAGAACAAAUAACGAACACUUUCCGCUGAAACCAUUUUUAAGGUUCAUACGAAAAUGUUUCUACUACAUUAGAAGCGAUUAGAAACCAAACCCCGUUUAUAUGGAGAAAACCUGUCCUGGGUAGAAGGGUCACUCGCCUACCCGAGCCACCCUGGCCGAUACAACGUUUCAUACUUUCCCUAACCGCCUUUUUUACGUGGUCAUCCGAGCCACAUGGCUGACGCCUAGCCGUUUUUAAAAACAGCCAAAGGCAGUACCUUGUCGCUUAGCCUGCGAAAACAUCCGUUUCUCCUCGCUCUUCGCCGCCGGGGACGUUUCGCGAGGAGGAACGUCUGCGACUCAGCGACAGAAAUUCCAUACUGAUGACGCAAACCAAUGUUUACAUAAUAAAUCCAGUAGUCGUGGGGUUCCAAAGACAAAUUUGUCCAAUUUCACGUGUCUUCUGAUCGAUUUUGGUAAAGUGUUCUGUUCAUCUGCCAACGAGCUCCAGCAAAACUCAAAUGCUUCUUCUAGAGAAGACUAUAUUCCAUAAAUAUUGACUAUUUUGUUAGAGAUUCUUCGUGUUUACAUUUGACCUUUGCGGCCUUUUGUCUUUUGUCUGUCAUUCGUAAACAAUAGCUAAAACAAUGUAACUACUCCAUCGACCAAUCAGCGCUUCUGACCGGAUUCCGGACAGAUUUUACGUCAUCAGUAUGGAAUUUCUGUCGCUGAGUCGCAGACGUUCCUCCUCGCGAAACGUCCCCGGCGGCGAAGAGCGAGGAGAAACGGAUGUUUUCGCAGGCUACUUGUCGCUCAGAUAUCUUACAGGUGUACUAGACCCUGGUUGGGAAUCGAACCCGCAACCUCCCGCUCUACACGUCACCGCUAUAUCGACGGAGCUAAUUCUAGCCUGCUUGGCAGGCGUCAAAAUAAGUAGGGGAGGAAAGGGAAAGAGAAAAAGGGACUAGCUGUUUUUUCUCCCCCACCCCUUCCCCUCCCCCGCCGCGUUUGACCCCUGCCACUCAGGCUAAGGUAAUUCCGUCUUCAUCUCGCUUGUCCCGCAUGAAGUGAAUUUUGCUGAUUGACCUUUGCCACGAAUGGCAUUUACAUACACGUUUUGAAAUUCCUAGGUGUUGGAUGGAGAUCAUGGGGAUUUUGAUUUUGUAGACGGCUUUACAUUACAGUCAUGUGACUUCCCAGAGCGGACAACGAAUUCUCAUAACUGCUGCAAAGUCAAAUAGUUUCACCAUGGAGAUAAGAGGACGUUGUCUAAUUAGUAUUUCUAUGUCUAUGCUCGUGAGAAUAGGUUCUCGUUCAUUUCUUUUACUGUUUUAUCCUUACCGUACAUUUUUAAAUUAU